AAGUCGACCAACCAUUGCUACCAGAAAACAUGAAGGUUUCAUUAAGAAAUGCUCAAGCUCUCCAUAACCUAGAAAAUGGAGGUCAAAAUAGAAUUCAAGUUGAAAAGGAUGUGCAUACAGCACCUGAUAGUGACCAAGCAUUAGUGCUCGGAUCAUACAGACCUUCUUGUUGUUACCAAAACGAAGUCAAUAUCGAAAAGUAUAAAUUUAAGACACCCAUUA